CGUGUACAUAUAUAACAGAUGUCGAAUAUUUAGGCAGAGAAAUAUCUUAUUUUAUAGGCAAGACACACCUGAGUGUCUUUGAACCUUGAGGUUAUCGGGUUGUUAACCUACUGAUAGUGUUUUUACAUCAUAAUAUAUCUUUGUUAUCAGACUCACGCCAGCAACUGGUUCUCAAUAACAAAAACAGGAAAAUAUUGUGGAAAAAUAUUCAUUUAAACAGAGCCCUAUAAAGUGAACGUACAGUCAUCGAGUCCAGUCAAGUCAACGCCACUGAGCGAGAACCACACAGGGGACAAACAAACAUCAAUUAACUGCAAUACAUAAGUAGUUUGAAGAUUUACUGAAGCAUGAUCAAGUUUCUGCUGCUUUCGGCUGUCGCGGCGUGUGCGUUAGCCGCACAGCAGCGCCACAGCCAUGAAGAUACUGGCCCUACGAUUACCAAAUCCACAACGCCUGAGACCUGCCCUAAGCCCGCAAAUGCAGUGCCGUCGGCCUCCGACCCCGUUACCGUUACGGCGGCGGGCGUGAUCCGCGGCUCGUGGAUGGACUCGCGGCUCGGGCGCCGCUUCCAGGCCUACCGCGGCAUCCGUUACGCGCAACCACCCGUAGGAGAGCUACGAUUCCAGCCUCCAGUUGACAUGGAGAAGUACACAUCUGAGGUGGACGCGAGCAAGGAGGGCCCGGGCUGCCCGGAGCCCGUCGGCGUCGAUUCUGGCGAGUAUUUCGUCGACGAAGACUGUCUCCGAAUCAAUGUAUAUACUCCAGAUAAUAACAGCUCGCGUAAGCUGCCGGUGAUUGUAUUCAUUCACCCUGGCGGUUACUACUCGUUUUCAGGUCGCUCUGACCUCUUCGGUCCCCACUACCUGCUGGACAGAGAUCUAGUACUCGUUGUGAUCAACUACAGACUGGCAUCACUUGGUUUUCUGAGCACUGGUGAUUCUGUUGCACCUGGUAACAACGGCUUUAAGGACCAGGUGUCAGCACUGCGCUGGUUGCAGCGCAACGUAGCGGCGUUUGGCGGCGACCCGGGCAAAGUUACCAUCACGGGGUGCAGUGCUGGCUCAUCUAGCGUGGUUUUACAUAUGAUUUCGCCCAUGUCUAAAGACCUCUUUCAUCGAGGAAUUGCGAUGUCCUGGUCGCCCAUGGGCAAGGAACCCCUGCCGUCGCACCAGUUAGACCUGGCACAGAAGCAGGCGCGUUUCCUAAACUGCCCCACCAACUCGUCACGCGCCAUCGUUGAUUGUCUGAAAACCAAAACAUGGCAGGAACUCGGCAACUCACUUGAGACUUUCUGGGAUAAAUUCGGCUUUGGCUACGAUCCCAUCAGCUUCUGGACUCCAGUGGUUGAGCCGGAUGUGGGGCAGUCGCGUUUCUUGUCCGUGCAGCCCGACGAAGCCGUGCGGACAGGCCACUUCAACGCUGUGCCGCUGCUCAUCAGCCAGACGGAGGACGAGUUCUUCUGGAAGGCGUUUUCUGUGACCAGAAACAAGACUUUACGAGAACGUAUGAACACUGAGUGGGAAAAAGUGGCACCCCUUUCAUUCAACUUGCCUGAGAAGAACUCUGCGGCGGCCAGCCGUCGGCUUAAGGAGGUUUACCUGGGCGGCAAGCCGGUUGAAGACACACCUGAGAGCAACAAGGCACUUGGGAAGUUGUAUGGAGAUAGCUGGAUUGGGCUUAAUGCUCACAGGUUAGCGAAUCUUAUGUGCCGUCACUCCCCGCAACCGGUGUGGUACAGUGUUUUCAGCUACAUCGGCAACAACAGCUUCUACGAGGAUCCAGUUACCGGCAAGCCUGCGGGCGCGGCACAUCACGAUGACUUGAUUUACCUGUUCUCCAUGAGUUACUUCCGAACUCCGAUCAAGGCGCGCUCGCCGCCGCCGCCCGCGCCACAGGAUCAUGUCAUAGUAGAACGGAUGACCGCCAUCUGGUACACCUUCGCCAAGCACGGCAAUCCAAACCCUCGGAAAGGGGAAUUAUCGGAGCUGUCCUCGCUGCACUGGCCUACCAUGAAGCCCGAAGACAGAAAGUACCUGAAAGUAGACAGGCAGUUCUCCGUGCACGAGAAACUGCAUGAAAAACAGUUGCAAGUAUGGAACGAACUCUAUCCCAUGCAGUUUUGAUCUCACAAUUAGGAAAAACAUUAUAAUAUUUAUGUGUAAAUAAGCGACAAUUACUUAAUUUGUCAAUCACAUGGUAUAAAUUAAAUAACGCUAUGUAAUCUUACUGAUAAUAAAAUAAUUAUUACAUUUAUUAAA